CCUUUUGUUGGGUUUCAAAUAUUUUUCCAGUUGGUUUAAGCAAAAAUAUCCCACCCUCUUUAAUUCUCUCUCAAUACCAAAAUUAGGGUUUCAAUUUUCAUUUUUCUUCAAUUGGAAACUGCAUCUUCCAAAUUAGGUUUAUCGGUUACAGUUUCAUAUAUUUCUGUUUGAGUUUGAUUUGGAGAUGAUUUGAGUUGGAUUUUGUUAGUUAGGGUUUUCGUAUAAUCGAAUCGGAAAGCGGGUAUGUCGUUUGGGGGUUUUCGACGAUCGGUUAUGAGUAUCGGGAAUGAUCGGAGCAUUAAUCAAGUGCAUUCAAUGGAUGUUAAUGCUGAUUCGAGUUCAGAAAUGCAUUGUGAACUCGGGUCGUUUGAACACCAGGUUUUCAGGCGGUUUCGUGCGCUUUCGGGUUCGUCUGCUGAUGAAGUUUUGUCUCUGAAUUGGGUUUUUAAGUUGUUGGAUGCUUUUAUCGCGUGUCAGGAGGAUUUUAAGGUUGUUAUGUUGGAAAACGGGGCAGAUCUUUCGAACCCGCCGUUGGAUAGGUUUGCGACGGAGUUUUUUGAUAUGAUUGUUAAGGCGCUUGAUAUUUGUAAUGCUGUUCGUGAUGGGGUGGAAAGGAUUCGAGCUUGGUGUAAGCAUUUGGAGAUUGUUGAAACUGCGUUUGAUUCAAAAUCGAGAAAUGUAAUCGGUGAAGGGCAGUUUAGGAGGGCGAAGAAAAGCUUGACCGAUUUAACUAUGCUAAUGCUUGAUGAUAAUAAAGAAUCGUCAUGUUUUUUUGCGUAUGGAAACCGAUCUUUCGGGUGCCCGAAUAAAGGAAAAGACAAUCAACAAAAGGCAGGACACUCGAGGUCUCUUUCGUGGAGUGUACCCAACUCAUGGUCUGCAAGCAAGCAGCUUCAGUUGAUAGCUAACGGGUUGAUCCCGCCUAGAGGACAUGAAGUUUCCGCUGCUAACGGGCUAGCUAACGCCGUUUACACAAUGGGUUUUGUUCUUAUGUUUGUUUUAUGGGCUCUGGCGUCUGCAAUCCCGUGUCAAGAUCGAAGCUUUCAAGUUCAUUUCUCUGUGCCGAGACAAUUCUCAUGGGGCACCCCGCUAAAUUCACUUCAUACUCGGAUUAUGGAUGAAUCCAAGAAACGUGAACGGAAGAACGGUGUUGGGCUGCUAAAGGAGAUUCAGCAAAUGGAAAAGUCGAUUAAUUUGGUGACGGAUUUGGUUGACUCGGUGAACCAGUUUCCGUUGACUGAAGAACAGAAGGAAGAGGUGCGAACGGCUGUUCAAGAAGUGUCUCAAGUAUGUAAUGUGUUUAAGAACGGGUUGGACCCGUUGGAGCGUCAGCUGAGAGAAGUGUUUCGCAAGAUCAUGUCGUGUAGGACCGCCGGGCUUGAAGUUAUGAGCAGGGCAUAAUCAAAGUGUAAGAAAUUUGUUUUUGUUGUUAGGUUGUGUUGAAGGGGAGUAAAGGUUCAUAUCAUGGAUAAUAAUGGAUUUUGUGCAGGUGAUAUGUGUAGUUUGAGAUUAUCUGUUAUGUGCUUAUCAUAUCUUUAUUCUUGUUUCUUAUUUCUUAUGUGUUCA